AUGUCUGACUAUGGUACUCGGGUGGAGGCUCCACCAAAACGGCCCAAUCUUACCAGGAAUUUAUUGUUAGCCACAGCUGUAGCCUGUUUAGGUUCUAUUCAAUAUGGCUAUCACAUCGCUGAAUUAAACGCACCUGAACAAUUCCUAGUGUGUCCUAAUGACCCACAGACUAAUGGCAUUACUAGUGCAGCACCACAAUGUAUUUCGAUGACUGAACAACAAUUUGGUGCUGUGACGUCGAUAUUCAGUCUUGGCGGGCUUGUAGGGUCAUUUUUCAUUGGAAGUUAUGCCAGUAAAUAUGGAAGACGUUCUACAAGUCUGUAUAUUAGCGUCCUUUCAUUUAUAGGGUCGCUAGUAAUGUUUAUUGCAGGUUCGUUCAACUCAUUACUUGUUGGUCGUUUCAUUGUUGGUGUUUCGUGUGGUUCUGCCAUUGUCAUUACGCCGUUAUUCAUUAACGAAAUUGCUCCUCCCCAAUGGAAAGGUGCAUUAGGUUCAAUGAAUCAGCUAAGUAUCAAUUUGGGAAUUCUACUAACACAAAGUCUGGCAUUACCAUUGGCUAAUUUGGAGGAUUGGAGAUAUUUGCUGGCCGUGGGAUGUAUUCUUGCGUUGUUGAAUGCAUUGGGUUGGUGGUGGAUCGGGGAAUCUCCUCAAUGGUUGGUUUUACACAAACAUGACACACUACAGGCAAGUAUGAACCUUGCACGUUUGAGAAAUAGCAGUUUACAAGUCGCUAAGCAAGAAAUCGAGCAAUGGUCGGAGAGUAAUAAUAAUAAUAGCGAUAGUGACACCCAGGAGUUAACCUUUCUCGGAUAUAUUACAAACUCUCUUUAUACGAGACCACGUCUUGCGAUUACUUUAUUACUUGUAGGUCAACAGUUUAGCGGGAUUAAUUCAAUCAUUUUCUAUGGGGUAAAAGUUGUCAGCCAAGUUGUCCCUCAAUAUGCCAUAUUGGUUAAUUUGGCAGUAUCCAUUAUAAAUGUGAUUGUCACAUUCAUUGCCAGUCUUGUGAUCGACCGAUCUGGUCGCAAACCUUUAUUGAUAGUAUCUGCACUUGCGAUGAGUCUCAUGUCUCUGUUGAUUAGUAUCAGUAUCACAUCCAACUAUUCUGUGUUGUUAGUCCUAAGUCUAUUUGGGUAUAUCAUAGCGUUUGCUCUUGGUAUUGGACCUAUCCCAUUUUUAAUCAUCGGAGAAUUGUCAUCACCUGAAAGCACAGCACAGGCUCAGAGUUAUGGUACGGUAUGUAAUUGGUUAGCAACUUUUGUCGUUGGGUAUACUUUUCCAAUCUUAAACCAAUUAAUGGGCGGAUACGUCUAUUUAACUUUUAGUGUAAUGACCGUAUUGUUAUUAAUAGGUAUACGUCGCUAUAUCCCGGAAACAAAAGGAACUUUGAAUGCCAGUGAAGCAUGGCAAAAUUUCCAUUAA